GUCACGGCCGUCGUCACACCGUUAUACAUACGUGACAAACACAUCCCCUCAACACAUAGACGCACACAAGGCCCAGUAGUUCGGCCUAAUUGCAAGCUUUCCUUCCUCUCCCUCGUUGCUCCUCUUUUCGUCUCAGUAUAUCUUUUUCAACUUAGGCCUUAGGCCUGCAGUCUAAGCUUAGGAAGCAAGCAAGGCAUUGAUUUUGCCUUGCAUACGCAGCAAUCAACCUCGCGUACAAAGUAGCACAGUCUUGGUCAGCCAUGGGGCGCCGGGACGUGCUCGCCACUUCGGUGGCAUUACUGUUCCUUGCCGGUCUAGCACUUGGCUCUGCCCAGCUGGACAUGUCGGACGAUUUCGGCAUGAGCAACUUUGGCAUGCGGCGGCUGACGGCGUUCUACUCGCGCAACUUCGCCGCGCACUUCCCCGCCACCUGCUUCCAGAGCAGCUACUUCUCGCCCUUCCGCAUGUACUUCAAGGGGUACAACUUUGAGACCGACCGCACCACCUUCAUCUACCAGCUGGACGUCUCGUCCUGCCCCUUCCCCAAGGCGGACUGCUGCCGCCUGCCGCUCGACCACAUGCUCGUCCGCACCAAGUCUGACGCCUCUGUCAUGGAGGUGCGCCUGGACGGCAGGGUGCUGGGCCACGACGUGAGUGAGCGCGGCCUGACCAUCUACGACCUGGCCGUCAGCCCCACGCAGCUCAAGUCGAUGCAGCUGGAGAUCGUCACGCCCGCCACGGGCUACAAUUACCCCUCUGACCUGUGCCCCCAGAGCCGCUACCCCGGCUCUUGCGACGUGAUCUCAUACGAUGAGAGCAAGACGUGCUGCGCGGAGCGCGCCGCCCUGCCCUACGAGCUGUUCUUCCCCAACAACCUGCCGCCCGGCUCCGUGGGCCCGGACGUGAAGGCGCCGCCGCCCUCGCCCGGCCCGCCUUCUCCUCCCUCGCCUCCCCCGCCCUCGCCUCCCCCGCCGCCGCCCUCGCCUCCCCCACCCCCUCCCGACGGCUGGUCCUUCUGCUGCAUUGACGACCUGCCAAAGUCGCCCUACAACCUCAAGUUUAUGGGCAGCCGCACCUCGGGCUCGGACACCGCCUACUCGUUCCAGCUGGUGGUGCGCAAGCUCAACUACAGCUACCCCGACUUUGACGGCCCCGAGAAGGGCGACUGCGCGCAGAUGAACCUCCGUGACAUGGGCGUGGCCGUGUACGACAACCUGCUCAUCAAGAGCGUGCAGUUCAACGGCAGCGUGGUGCCCAACUACUGGACGGAGCCGCAGGGCGUGCGCCCCGACGCCAACUGGCUGUACAUCCCCGUGAUGAAGGACUUUGCCGACUUCAGCGAGGAAAACCCCAUUGACUUUGUGGUGACCGUGCGCGGCCUGGUGCCGUCGCUGUGCCCCGCCAACGAGUUCCUGCACUCGCCCAACGCCUGCGAGUUUGCCAUGCACGGCAAGGACGAGGACACGCACUGCUGCCCGCACGGCGCCACCAAGAAGGGCGGCCCGUACGACGACUGCUGCGUGGACGACAUUGAGAAGGCGCCGUACCGCAUGGAGUACUACAAGACCACGCCCACCGAGGCCGGCACCACGUACGACUUUGCCGUCAAGGUGGUCAACGUGACGGGCAUUGACUACGACCUGGAGGAGGAGGCGCUGUGCGACCGCAUGACGCUGGACUACGCGCAGAUCCAGAUCUACAAGAACGUAGAGGUGGUCCAGGUGCAGUGGGAGGACCGCAUCAUGGCCUUCAACACCACCCCCGCCACCGACUACUCCAAGUGGCUGAACAUCAACGGCAUCAACCGUUUCAUCAACGACUUUGACCCCAACCGCCCCGCCAAGUUCAAGAUCACGGUCAAGGGCUACGUCAACGAGCUGUGCCCCGCCGGCUGGCUUCUGGACGCCGGCGGCAAGUUCAUCUGCGAGUACGCGCUGCACGGCACCCAGAGCGGCCACACCUGCUGCCCGCACGACAUCACCCGCCCCGGCCAGGAGCAGCCCGACUGCGGCUGCCGCGACGACCUGGCCGGCACGCCGUACCGCCUGGGCUACCAGCUGGCCGGCGUGGCGCCCAACCAGACCAUGUUCAACUUUGACCUGGCCAAGGUUGACCCCACGGCCGCCGCCGACUUUGACGGCGCGCCCGACAAGAACUUUGGCGUGGACGUGGACUGCGGCGGCAUGAGCAUCAAGUCGAUCAGCUUUGCCAUCCACCAGAACAUCAAGGUCAAGGACGUGAUCUUCAACGGCUUCAACUACACAUGGCAGUACGAGCCGUACACCAACACCACCAAAUGGCUACGCAUCCUGGACCUGGACUAUGACCCCGCGGACUUCCCCGCCUCGGCGCCCAUCCCGCUCCAGGUGCUCACCACCGGCCCCGCCGUGACGGAGCUGUGCCCGGCGGCGUCUCAAUACAACAGCCAGGCGGCGUGCGAGUACUUGAUCUUUGGCCUCUCCAACUACGCGGAGUGCUGCCCCGUGGGCGUGACCAGCUGGUACACGCCCAACCUGCUCAUGACGGCGCGGAGAUGAACGCAGGGUUGGUUGGGAGGUGGCGAGCGCGCGAGCUGACCGCGGGCUCGGCGACGUGGCCCGCCGCCUCGACCCGUUUUUCCCCGUUGUGAUUAAGAAGCAGGAGGGAGAGCGCCUGGGGAGUUGAGCAUUGGGGACCUGGCUUUGUCGUGCAGGGAGAAGCAGCAGCUGCGUGCGUGGUUGAGAAGGGGGUUGACAGUGUGGGCUGACGGCGUGUUGGCACCUGUACCGCACCCGCAACCUGCAUGGGGGCGGCCACGGCUGUGCGGGCCCGCACAUGCGCGCACGCUGCGCCCUGCUGAUGCCUAAGCCACCCGUGCCGCCCCCCCCAGGACCUCUCACGCAAUGAAACGCACUGCUGUUCUGCAUAUGAGCAGUCGGACCCUGAACCCCAAUGAGAGAGAGCUUGUGCGUGACCGUACUGCCGGUGUGCUUGCGUGGUAUGGAUGUCGUGUGCGUGCGUUGUUUGGGUGUGAUGCGAUUGAUUCGCUGGUGCUCGUAGACCCAUAGACACCCUUAGACUGUCAGAAGGAUACUUAGCGCUUGGUGGGGAGCACGUAGCCGGCGAGGGCACCCGCCGCCGUUGAAAAGGAUUGAUUUAAGGGCUAGUUCGACGGCGAGCGGUUAGGGGGCGCUGAUUGCACGUCCCGCGAUAAAGAGGUUUCAUUCAUGGCCAGAGGGGUGCCGUGCGGGGCGUGCGGCUCCACAGCUGUCCAUUGACGGCUGGGCUUUGGAUGUGCCGAGGAGCAGGAGGAGCCAAGCGGCGCUUAGAUUGCGCGACCGGAGAGUAUGAAUAGACCCACCCGCAUAGUAGCGCGCUGCACGCUUGACCGCGUGCGCGUGUUAGAUUGGGAUUAGCAGGCCAGAGCGAGGGCCAAUUAGCGGAUGUUGAUGGACGGCUGAUGGUUACCGGUGGGCGCCGGAUGAUACUAGGGCGCCGACACGUUGUGGCGCCACUGCGCAUGCUGAUGUCCUGAUUAUGAUUGGCGUCAAUUCGGCUGUAACGCAAGGAAAGA